UAUUAAUGGUUUGUUUGGUGCUGUGGAGUGUAAUGAUUCGAGUGCUGGGAAGCAGCUUAUCUGUGAAAAGAUGGCACAUAAACUCCAAGACCCAAGUUUCGAGAUUGCAUCCCGCGCAUGCGCCUACCAGCUUUCAAACUGCUCCCAAACAUGCUCCCAAGUGGACUCAAUCUACCAAUGCACAUGCUUCGAAGGAUAUCAUCUGACCAGUGAUGGUCAGUGCGUGGACAUCAACGAGUGUUCGUGCUCAAAUCAAACAUCUGAAGACGACACAGCCUCAUCGGGUGGUAGCAUGGCGUCACCGGGCUUCAAUUUGACGACAUCGAACGAAACUGAGACGUCAUCUGGGGAGUCGGUAGAUGGGUGUUAUUCUGUUGUCCAGCGGUUUUGCAGCCAUCAAUGCUUGAAUACACCAGGGAGCUUUAUAUGUACAUGCCCAGAAGGUCUGGCGUUGAGUGAAGACGGGAAAUCCUGCGUAGAUGUUGAUGAGUGCAGCACUGGAGCUAACGUGUGCAACGACAAUUGCGUUAAUUUGUACGGCAAGUAUACUUGUCAAUGUGGACCUGGAUAUGAAUUCGACUGGCUCAAUCGACGAUGUUGCCAAAAAGUUUCAUGCUUUCCUCGAUGUUCUAAUAUAAAUGGUAACUAUUCAUGUGAGUGCAGCGCAGGCUAUGUUCUGUCAUCUGACUUUACCUCUUGCUUGGAUGUUGAUGAGUGUUUAACAAUCCCCGCUAUAUGUAACCAGACGUGCUCAAAUAUUCCAGGUAGUUACGUAUGUUCUUGUGUUACUGGAUACUAUCUCGGUGUAGACAAUACAACCUGUUUGGACCUCGAUGAAUGUUCAACUAACGCGAACAAUUGUGAGCAGAGAUGCACCAAUAGCCUGGGAAGCUUUAUUUGUUCAUGCUGGACUGGCUACAUUCUUGGAUCUGAUUAUAAAUCCUGCGUGGACGUCGAUGAGUGUUCGUCUGGCAUCGCACAAUGUAACCAGACUUGCGCCAACAUUCCAGGAAGUUUUACAUGUUCUUGCGGUAAUGGAUAUUUCCUUGGAUCUGACAGAACUUCCUGUCUUGACAUAGAUGAGUGUUCGACGAGAGUUUCCCAAUGCAAUCAAACAUGUAACAAUAGUUUAGGAAGCUACACUUGUUCUUGUCGUUCCGGCUUUUCCCUGGCAUCCGACGGAAGAAGUUGCAAAGAUCUCGAUGAAUGUUCAAUCAACACACAUCGCUGCAAUCACACUUGUAUAAAUACCAUAGGGAGUUACUCUUGUUCCUGUAAUACUGGGUUUUUCUUGGACUUAGACCAAAGGAAUUGCUUAGACAUUGAUGAAUGUUCUUCCAACCUGCAUAUUUGCAACCAGACAUGCAAUAAUGUUCCUGGCAGCUACUAUUGCACUUGUUUUCCUGGAUUCUACUUGAUGAUGGAAGAUCAAAGCUGUGUUGAUAUUGAUGAGUGUGCCGCAGGUUUUCACCAGUGCAACCAGAAUUGUCAAAACAUUCCAGGAAGCUACAACUGUACUUGUGGAUUAGGCUACCAACUAGCGUACGAUAAAAAAAAUUGUCUAGACAUUGAUGAAUGCGCCACCGGGAAACACCAGUGUGCCCAGAACUGUACAAACAUAAUUGGAAACUAUUCAUGCUCUUGUACAACUGGCUUUGAACUUGCUGUUGAUCAAACAAACUGUGUUGACGUGGAUGAAUGCGUCACACGUUCUCACAAAUGCUUUCAACAGUGCGUCAACACGCGCGGUAGUUAUAAAUGCUCAUGUAAUCCUGGGUUUGUACUUGCUAGUGAUAACUUUGGAUGUCUGGAUAUUAAUGAGUGUAAAAGCUCAAUCAAAUACUGUUCCCAAGGAUGCAAAAAUCUUUAUGGUACCUUUUCCUGUUUUUGUUACCGUGGAUAUGCCCUGGACAGUGAUAAAAGAACCUGUAUUGAUGUUGAAGAGUGCUCAUCCGGUGCUCAUGGAUGCUCUCAGAUUUGCAAUAAUACACAAGGAAGUUUCCAUUGUGGAUGCCAUCAAGGAUAUAACCUUCUAGAUGAUCUCAUUUCUUGCGGGGACAUUGAUGAGUGUGCAACAAAGGUCUGCUCUCAUAAUUGCACCAACACGCCAGGAAGCUACCGGUGCUCAUGUUUUCCAGGCUACCAGCAAGGGCCUAAAAAUGACAGCUGCUUGGAUGUGGAUGAGUGUUCCACCUCAACCCACAAUUGCACACAAAUAUGUGUCAAUCAACCAGGCAGUUACACCUGUCAUUGUCACCAAGGUUACCAGCUAGCCGCUGACCAGAGAUCAUGCGAGAAAGUUGUUCUUCCUGUACCCUUGAUAACUGAGGCCUUCAACACGUCCUCCACCUCACUACUUGUUCGCUGGAUCUUAAAGCCCUCUGGAAGUUCGUUUCCUGUCCAGAUUGGCUACAUGCCAUAUACUAGAGACACAGACCUUCUCACCCUUCCACCUUCUAUGAACUCCAAGCAAUUAAAGAUUCAAGGGCUCCGCCCAUACACAAUCUAUAGCGUGUUCGCUCGAUUGUCUACCAACUGGACGGACGGAGAGUGGAGUAUGCCCGCGUUCGUCCGGACGGACGAGAAAGCUGUUCAAACACGUCCAGAGAACCUCCAAGCCAGUCACGUGGACUCUACCUCAAUCAUUAUCACGUGGUCAUCCAGCAUUCCUCGCGACCCAUAUGCAAUUGUGCUUGGUUACCAAGUCAGUUACGGGAUCUUUAACGCGACGACCAAGAAAUUUAGUGACGUCACGGUUGUUGACUUAUACAGUCAGGAAGAUACGUUUGCGAUCGGCGAGCUGCGACCGAACACAAUUUAUACCGUAAAAGUGUCGUACUUUUCUCGGAAAGGAGUCGGCCCGUACUCGAGGGCAAUCGUUGUACGUACAACUUUAGACAACCCAUGUAAUCCGACCAGCCCGUGUUUGAAUGGAGGAAUCUGUCUGCUUUCGGAUGCGGAAGCGUCUCCCGGACGCCGUCCGAACUAUACGUGCCUCUGCUUGGCCAACUUCCACGAGAGGUACUGCGAGUCAUAUCUAGCAGGAAAACGCUGCAAAAGCCCGACAGUUAGCAUAGCUCUUGGUCAGAGCAUCACACAAGCGACAAAAGUUCCCCGCUCCGAGUCCUACACGAUUAGUAGUACUGUGGAGCUCGACUGCCGAGAGAGUUACGAGACAGAGUUUGCGUGGAUGGUGACUCCCUUUAGCCGGACAGAUGCCUUACUCAAGCGGACAGGAGUCUCCGAGUUACGGAUUCCACGGAGACGUCUGGACUACGGCAUUUACGUGGUCGCUCUUGUUGUACGAAUGAAAGGUAACGAUGAUGGUGAUGAUUAA